GGGAUCCACUGGGACAAAAAUUGGAGGCAUUUUGCCCAAUUUCAGCCCACCCCAGCCCUUCUCGGCCACUCCAUUAGAUGUUGAUUUUUCCUCCUGGCCAAACUUCCAGGGCUUUUUCUCCUUAAAAAACAAAAACUGCCAAAUUCUGGGCUCCAUUUGAUCCCAAAGGAUGAAAUUUAGGAUUUUUCCCCUCACAAUCCCAACCAAUCCCACUUUGGUCCCAAAGGAUUAAAUUUAGGAUUUUUCCCCUCAGGACCCCACUGACUCCCAAUUUUUGGGGUGUUUUUAGGGGAGAGGAUGUGGAGUCAGCCGACACGUGUGCUAGUGAUACACUGUUUGUUCCCAAAGGAUGAAAUUCAGGAUUUUCCCCCUCAGGAUCCUAUUGAAUGUCAAAUUUUGGGUGUUUUUAGGAGAGCGGAUGCGGAGCCGCUGCACGGCCUCUGCCGACACUGUGUGCUCGCCAUGCCAGGAUGGAUAUUUCAGCUCCCAGCACCACCACGGCUUCUGCAAAAGCUGCACCAUCUGCAACGCCCGGAAGGGCAGCGUGGAGGUGAAGCCGUGCGAGAAAACCUCAGACAGGGUCUGUGCGUGCCAGGCGGGAUUCCAGCCUGCCGGGGGCGUUCCUGUGGGAAGGGAGUGCUCCCGAUGUCCUGAAGGGACUUUCUCCAGAGGAGGGAACGAGAACUGCCGGCCUUGGACCAACUGCAGCAGCUUUGGGAAGAGCACGCUCCGGGCUGGCACGGGCACAGAGGAUGCCCAGUGCAGCAGCAGCCCUGGCAGUGCCAGCAGCCCCGGCCCACAUCCCUCUCCCACGGAAUCCCCGGAGCACAGGGACCCCUUGCCCACGGAAUUCCCGGAAAAUGGGGACCCCUUGCCCACGGAACUCCCCAAGAACAGCUCCAGGACAUCCAGCCCCAGAGGCAUCCCUGCGGUUUGUCGGGAUCCCGGCGUUCCCGCGGAGCCCGGAUGGGGCUCUUUAUCCCUGCUCCUGCUGUGCCUGCUCCUGCUGAUGGUGAGUGGAAUUUCCAUCCUGCUCCUGAUCAUCCAGGCAGCCCAGAAAAAAACCAGGAAUGGGCCUGGGAGGAGCACCCAGCACAAGGAGGGGAGCUGCAGGAUUCCCAUCCAGGAGGAGCAGAUCGAUUCCAACUCCAGCCUCAUCAAAAACUGACACUGAAAUUCCCACCCUGGGCUGUUCCUGCUUUUCUGAGCCCAUGGAGCUGAAGGAGCACUGGCACUAAUUAGGGUUUGCUUAGUUUGGAGCUCACUUGAGGCUGGUUUAACUCUUUGAUUAACUCAAGAUCUCCCUUUGGAAUUUGGGAGAAUUCUUGAGGGAAUUUUGUGUGGAUAUUUUUUCUUUUGGGCAAAUCCUUGAGCUCUAAAAUCAGGAUCAAGUGGCAAAGCUGAGCUCUAAAAUCAGGAUCAAGUCACACUCAAUCCACACUUCAUGAAAUGAAUUUUCCCUCUCUAAUUGCUUUUCCACAAAUUUUGAAAGGAAAUUUUUUUGGGAGAAAAUCCCAAACUCUGGAAUGUCUGGGAGGAGCCCAAAGUGUCCUUUUGCUGAAUGUGAAAUGUUUCCGUAGAAAUUCCAGAAAAAUGGAAAUUUUUAUCAUUCAGAAGUGAUUUUCCCUCCAACUAUCAGCAGAAAAAAAAAAAAAGACAAAUAGUCUCAUUCCUGAGGGGGGGAAAAAAACUCCUCAAAAAAUGUGAAUUUUAAACUCAUAUCCCAAAGUAUCCCAAAACAUCCAGCAGGGAAUGGAUGCAGGGAUCCCAGAGGUGUUUAAAUCCAUGGAUUUGGAAGAUUUGGGAUAUUUUAUAUGUUAUACAUAUCCAAAGGGGUUUAUACAAUGUAUAGGAAGGUUUG